AUGUCGUCUUUAACAAAGUUACUACAGGAGAAGAGAAACGAGCCUUCUCCUGUCCCUAUCAACAACAAAAAUACCACAAAGAGUUCUCCUUUGUUGCAUACCACCUCAAGGACUUUGGGCCUGGAACAUGAUAGAAACGUUAGGAACCCUACGACAAGUGUUACAACUGUAACACAGUUGGAUUCUGAAGAUGAUACCGAGACGACAGGCUCCUCCACAGCGAGCUCCUCUGUCAAUGAUAAAAACAAUGUACUAUCUUCAAGCUUUCUAACCGCUAAUUUUGCUCAUACAGCUACUUUAUAUGGCACCAGUUUACAAUCUAGAGACCUACAUCAAGGAUCGGGAUCGUUUAUAGACAACAGCUAUCUUGGUAGCAAUGAUAUCCCUGCGAGGAAAAGUUCUAUGAGGUCAAGCAACAGCGCCAGACCUAUCCCCUCCCUAUCGUCGAGUAUUCCUUAUUCUGUGCCAAAUUCCAAUAAAGAUGCAAGCAAUACCAACAUCAGACCUAUGGGCUUAAAUAGUGCUAAUUCCUCUUACUCUUCCUCCUGGUUAGAACAAUAUGGUAGUAAUAUGCCAAGCAAUAUAUCAGCCAUCGACUCUACAGUCAUAUCAUCUCCAAAAGUCGACAGUGUAGAAGCAAGAUUCGUCAUAUCGAAGCAGAAGUUACAAAAGGCAUCUAUGUCCAUUACUCAUACCACUUCUGUUUCGAGGUCAAAUUCUUUUUCUUCUCAAAUCGGCAGCCUUUUUUCAAAGGGAUCGAGAGACAAAUAUGCUGCCAACACUGCUACCAAUGAAACGAGAUCUCAUUCUUCCACAUCCACGAAUUCUAAUUCGACUGCUGCAACUGCUAUUCCUAAACCAGGUCGUGCAAGACAAAGCAGUAUUUAUUCUUCUUCAAGACAACCAUCCGGCUCAUAUACCGAAAAUUUCUACGGUUCUCCAAGCUCAAUGAAUGAUCAUCCGCCAAGUCAAAGUGUGCCAAGGUCUCAUCACUCUUCGAUAGCAAAUCUGAGAGGCUUUUUUUUCAAGAAAAGCUCUGGUAAUCUUUCAACCAGUAUAAAUGCUACAGCUUCGAACUUAAGCAAUUCUCCAGGUAUAUCAAGCAACAUCUCUGCUGUAUCUAAUAAGCAGCCAUUCACUCCGGGUUCGUACAACAGUGUAAAUAGCGAUACCAUCUACUCUGCAACAAAUGAAGUCUCACAGCCGUUCUCAAAACGGUACUUCAGGACUGGUGAAGACUUGGGUGCUGGUGCAGGGGGCUCUGUCAAACUUGUAAAAAGAUUAAGUGACAGUAAAAUACUGGCAGUGAAAGAAUUCAGGUUAAAAUUUGAAAAUGAAACCAAAAGAGACUAUGUUAAAAAGAUCACAUCUGAAUACUGCAUAGGUACCACACUACAUCAUCAGAAUAUUAUUGAAACAGUAGAAAUCGUUUACGACAAUAAUAGAAUGCUACAAGUAAUGGAAUAUUGUGACUAUGAUCUUUUUGCCAUUGUUAUGAGCGAUAAAAUGUCUUAUGAAGAAACCUGUUGUUGCUUUAAACAAAUUUUAACUGGUGUAGAAUAUUUACAUAGUAUUGGCCUCGCACAUAGGGACUUGAAGUUAGACAACUGUGUUAUAAAUUCGAAAGGUAUUGUAAAAUUAAUUGAUUUUGGUGCUGCUGUUGUAUUCUCUUAUCCUUUCUCGAAAAAUCUAGUUGAAGCAAGCGGCAUUGUUGGUAGUGAUCCAUACUUAGCACCAGAGGUUUGCAUAUUUACGAAAUAUGAUCCACGUCCCGUUGAUAUUUGGUCGGUAGCUAUUAUAUUUGCCUGUAUGAUAUUGAAAAAGUUCCCAUGGAAAAUUCCAAAGUUAAGAGAUAGUUCCUUCAAGCUAUUUUGUUCUGGACGUGAUUGUGACUCACUAAGCAGUUUGGUUACUAGAACACCAAAUCCGCCAUCUUAUGAUAAUAUAUCAGCAGAUAGUAAACCUGUAUCAUCUAAUAAUGCGUCCGACCCCAAUAAUCUUAAUAUUGGCCCACAAAGGCUUCUACAUCAAUUGCCCGAGGAAUCGCAACAUAUAAUUGGUAGAAUGAUUGAUCUAGCCCCUGCUUGUAGAAGUAGCAUUGAUGAAGUUAUGAAGGAUCCAUGGAUCACAAGUAUCGAAAUGUGUCAUCAAGUGGAGGAUGGGCUCAAAUACAAAUUAGUCAGCUCAUCAGAUCAUACCCAUACGAAAGUCGAUCAAAGUGAGGCACACAUCGCGGGAUUGGAAAAGAAGAAGAAGAAGCAACAACGUCAACAAAAAUAG